CGCCUUUCCCUCCUCCUGGUGACGUCCGGGUCCCUGCCCGUCUGAAAACUCCGCGCCGCGGCGGUGAAGGCGGCGGCGGCGGCGGAGGAGCGGCGGCGAGCCGAGGCAGCGGCGGCGGCGGCGGCGGCGGCCAGAGCGGGAGCCUGAGCGGCGGCGGCGGCGGCCGCGGGAGCCGCGGGGAGCGCGGGGGCGGCCCGUAGCGCCCGGGGUCCCCCGCGCCCCGCUCGCUCGCCGCGCUCCGAAGAUGGUGGCGGCGCCGUGCGCUCGGAGGCUGGCCCGGCGCUCGCACUCGGCGCUGCUCGCGGCGCUCACCGUGCUGCUGCUGCAGACGCUGGUCGUGUGGAAUUUCAGCAGCCUAGACUCCGGGGCCGGGGAACGCCGCGGGGGUGCAGCGGUCGGUGGCGCGGAGCAGCCGCCCCCGGCCCCGCGCCGCGAGCGCCGGGACCUGCCCGCCGAGCCGGCUGCAGCCCGAGGAGGAGGCGGCGGAGGCGGAGGCGGAGGAGGACGGGGGCCGCCGGCGCGGGCGCGAGGAGGCGGCCCCGGAGCACCCCGCGCGCAGCAGCCGGCCAGCCGAGGGGCACUGGCCGCGCGGGCGCUGGCCGCACAGCCAAGCCCUGUGAUCACCCUGGAGGCCCAGGACGGCUACUUCUCUCACCGGCCAAAAGAGAAAGUGCGAACAGACAGCAACAAUGAGAACUCUGUACCCAAGGAUUUUGAGAACGUGGACAACAGCAACUUCGCACCCAGGACUCAAAAGCAAAAGCACCAGCCCGAGUUGACGAAGAAGCCCCCGAGAGGACAGAAGGAGCUUCUGAAGAGGAAGCUGGGGCAGGAGGAGAAGGGGCAGGGGCAUCUGUCCCCAGGAAAAGGCGCCAACGAGGUGCUGCCUCCUGGUGCGAGAGCCCCGGUCAACGGCAGCCGAGGGAAGGAUGCCCCCAGACAGCCCCACGCCCGGAAGAGUGGGGGCAGCUCCCCCGAGAUCAAGUCUGACCGGCCCCUCAAGUGUGACAUCUCGGGUAAGGAGGCCAUCUCCGCCCUGUCCCGCUCCAAGUCCAAGCACUGCCGCCAGGAGAUCGGGGAGACCUACUGCCGCCACAAGCUUGGGCUGCUGAUGCCCGAGAAGGUCACUCGGUUCUGCCCCCUCGAAGGUAAAGCCAACAAGAACAUUCAGUGGGAUGAGGAUUCGGUGGAGUAUAUGCUGGCCAACCGGGUCAGAAUCGCCUUUGUCCUGGUGGUCCACGGCCGCGCCUCUCGGCAGCUGCAGCGCAUGUUCAAGGCCAUCUACCACAGAGACCACUUCUACUACAUCCAUGUGGACAAGCGCUCUAAUUACCUGCAUCGCCAAGUGCUCCAGUUCGCCAGGCAGUACAGCAACAUCCGCGUCACCCCCUGGAGGAUGGCCACCAUCUGGGGGGGAGCCAGCCUGCUGUCGACGUACCUGCAGAGCAUGCGGGACCUCCUGGAGAUGACCGACUGGCCCUGGGACUUCUUCAUCAACCUCAGCGCGGCUGACUACCCCAUCAGGACAAAUGACCAGCUGGUGGCAUUUCUCUCCCGAUACCGAGAUAUGAAUUUCUUGAAGUCACACGGCCGGGACAAUGCCAGGUUCAUCCGGAAACAGGGCCUGGACCGGCUCUUUCUGGAGUGUGAUGCCCACAUGUGGCGCCUGGGGGACCGGCGGAUCCCAGAGGGCAUUGCCGUGGAUGGCGGCUCAGAUUGGUUCCUGCUAAACCGGAAGUUUGUUGAGUAUGUGACGUUCUCCACAGACGAUCUGGUGACCAAAAUGAAGCAAUUCUACUCCUACACCCUGCUUCCUGCAGAGUCCUUCUUCCACACGGUCCUGGAGAACAGUCCCCACUGCGACACCAUGGUGGACAACAACCUGCGCAUCACCAACUGGAACCGCAAGCUGGGCUGCAAGUGCCAGUACAAGCACAUCGUGGACUGGUGCGGCUGCUCCCCCAACGACUUCAAGCCGCAGGACUUCCACCGCUUCCAGCAGACAGCCCGGCCCACCUUCUUUGCCCGCAAGUUCGAAGCCGUGGUGAAUCAGGAAAUCAUUGGGCAGCUGGACUAUUACCUGUAUGGGAACUACCCCGCGGGCACCCCGGGCCUCCGCGCGUACUGGGAGAAUGUCUACGAUGAGCCUGACGGCAUCCACAGCCUGAACGACGUGACACUGACCUUGUAUCAUUCCUUCUCCCGCCUGGGCCUCCGCCGGGCGGAGCUGUUGCUGCACGACGCCGGGGAGAACAGCUGCAGGUACUAUCCAAUGGGCCACCCAGCCUCUGUCCACCUCUACUUCCUUGCUGACCGUUUCCAGGGCUUUCUGAUCAAGCAUCAUGCUACCAAUCUGGCCGUGAGCAAACUCGAGACCCUGGAGACAUGGGUGAUGCCAAAGAAAGUCUUCAAGAUCGCCAGCCCACCCAGCGACUUUGGGAGGCUUCAGUUUUCUGAGGUCGGCACUGACUGGGAUGCCAAGGAGCGGCUCUUUCGCAACUUUGGGGGUCUCCUGGGGCCCAUGGAUGAGCCAGUAGGCAUGCAGAAAUGGGGGAAGGGCCCCAACGUGACUGUGACUGUCGUCUGGGUGGAUCCCGUCAACAUCAUCGCAGCCACCUACGACAUCCUGAUUGAGUCCACUGCCGAAUUCACCCACUACAAGCCCCCUUUGAACUUGCCCCUGAGGCCUGGGGUCUGGACAGUGAAAAUUCUCCACCACUGGGUGCCAGUCGCAGAAACCAAAUUCCUCGUCGCGCCUCUGACCUUCUCAAACAGGCAGCCCAUCAAACCGGAGGAGGCAUUGAGGCUGCACAACGGGCCCCUCCGCAGCGCCUACAUGGAGCAGAGCUUCCAGAGCCUGAACCCCGUCCUCAGCCUGCCCAUCAACCCCGCCCAGGUGGAGCUGGCUCGGAGGAACGCCGCGUCCACCGGCGCUGCACUGGAGCGCUGGCUGGACUCGCUGGUGGGCGGGAUGUGGACCGCCAUGGACAUCUGUGCCACAGGCCCCACCGUCUGCCCAGUCAUGCAGACCUGCAGCCAGACGGCCUGGAGCUCCUUCAGCCCUGACCCCAAGUCGGAGCUGGGCGCAGUCAAACCCGACGGCCGGCUCAGGAUCUUCCUCACCACCAUGGGAAUCCUUUCAGCAUCUCCAAAUUCCAUCAUUAACAUCUGCUGAUUUCACUGGGGAUGGAUGAUGGGCAGGUAGGAUGCAACAGUCCAAAGGAGAACUUGGAUGAACUCCAGGAUCAAGAAUGGCUCAAAACUAAGAUCACUGACGUCCUUGGUUUGGUCCCAAUAAAGUACAGUCCUUCCUGCCAA